GUCGGGAUCGUUGUUCUAUUCUGUGCGAAAUGUGAAAAUGACGAAAGGCAGAAAGGGUCAAACAACAACAGUGCUUGUGUUUAAGUAUCUGUUGGAAUAAAGCUUGAUACUGUGCAUAUCGUUAAAAUGAUCAAUUUGAGAGAAGCAGUAAAGUUUCCCAAAUAGCCAGUGGGACAUUCUACAGAUAAAGGUGAGACAUGUUGGAGGGACUAGCAGCGUACCUCCUGAACACCUAUGUGGGCCAGUAUGUGGAAAAUCUCAACACAAAACAGCUCUCCAUCGCUCUCCUACAGGGAUAUGUGGAGUUAGAGAACUUGCCCCUGAAGCGGGAUGCCUUGAGCAGCCUGGACCUUCCGCUGCAUGUCAAAUCAGGUUUCAUUGGAAAAAUUAAGCUGAAGAUUCCCCUGAAUCGACUGAGCAGUGAACCAUGGGUAAUUUCCAUGAAGAGGCUGUACUUGGUGGCAGGGCCAGUCAAACACUCCCAGUUUAAUGAGGAAAAAGAGAAAGAAUAUGAAGAAGCCAAGAAAAAGAAGAUGCUCGAUGCCCUGGAGGAGAAAUGGAAGAUUUCCAAAGAAGAGAAAGAGACUUAUGGAUCUUCCUGGUUUUCCUAUGGUACCUCCAUUGCCACCAACAUUCUGGAAAAUUUACAGUUGAACAUUGAGGAUGUACACAUCAGAUAUGAGGAUGAUGAGCUGAUUCCAGACCACCCCUUUGCUUUUGGUAUUGUCAUCAGAAGUCUCAGUGCUCAGAGUACAGACUCAGAGUGGAGAGCCAAUGUAAGCAGUGUGUCUGACAUGAAGUUUAAACUGGUGGACCUUCAGAACUUUUCUCUGUACCUGGACACUGAGGCUAGCAUGAUAGGGGACCUUCCCAGGGAGGACCUUUAUGCUUCUCUUCAAAGUGAAACCUAUGUCUCCUGCAAAACCAGGCAAUUCAAGGAACAUGACUACAUCCUUUCCCCAGUCAGUUCAAAGGUCAAAUUGAAGAGAAACACCUCCUCCCUCCCACUCAGAGAUCCGAACAAUCCGCGGAUCAGUAUGGAUGUGUGUCUGGAUACGGUGGCCUUCUGUCUGAGUGAGGACCAGUAUCAGUGUAUCAUCGAGUGGCUCAAAGAGAUGGAGCGAUACGAACGACGCAGAAAGUAUCGCAAGUGGAGACCUGCGAUCAAAGUUAGGAAUGGGUCUUCAAUCUGGUGGAAAUAUGCCAUCAAUGCCACCUUACACACGAUACGUGAAAGAAACAGGAAACUCACGAAAGACUUCCUGGUACAGAGAACCAAAGAUGUAUGUGCUUAUCACCGAGUUUAUGCGAGAUAUCUCGAGACUCACCAACUCAGUCCAGCAGAUACUGCCAUUAAGACAAGACUGGAGUCGGAGCUGAAGUUUGAUGAGUUGAAGAUUCUGAGAGAGUUGGCGUACCACCAUGUUAAACAACAGGGCAAGCUGUACAAGGUCCCUGAACCAGAGAAGGUGACUAUCCCUCCUGCAACAGAACAGGGUGGUAUCCUACAGCGGUGGUUCCCAGGGUGGGGCGGGUGGUACGGGUCAUCUCAGAGUGAGGCUGACACCAGUAGAAGAUCCAGUCCAGAGGCGGCCUCCCUAGAAGUAGGGGAACCACCCACCAAGAUACGGAAAAACAACGAGGACUUAGUGAUCGAGCAGGAGUUGAUGGAUGUGGUACAAGACACCUCAGAGAACACCUCCUUCCUAAAGAAGGACACAGUGUUUGCCUUCAUGAUCUUCAAGCUGGAGUCUGGAGUCUUCAAACUUCUCAAAGAAAAGCCAUUAUCUCCUACAGAAUCUACCAGUCAACUGAUGACAAUGCUGGAGCUGGAGUGCUCAGCCAUUAACAUACUGUUCGAGUCUCGGCCCCGGUCCAAGGCCAUGAAGUUUGGGGUUGACGUAGGGGGGCUGUACCUCAGAGACAAGUUCCUGGAGAACUCCAUAUUCCCCAACAUCAUCGCACCUCAGCCCAAGGAGCGUAUACUGACACUGGCCAAGUCUCCCAACAGCAGCUUUUCUUCCCAGCAGGGCAAGACUUCAGCCCCACCCCAGGGUGCGGGAGCCCCAGGGGACAAGAUAUUUGAACUGUUCUAUGAGAAGAAUCCUGUUAACAGCACAGCUAAGUAUAGACUCAACAUUCAGACUAAGCCACUAGAUGUAGUAUACAACCCCAUGUCUGUGAAGAGAGUGAGGGAAUUCUUCUCCACCAAAAAACUCAGCAGUUCACAUCUCUCUCAACUCAAACUCACAGCGACUGCAAGGCACCAAAUCCAACAGAUGAAGGAGCGGUCCAAGGCAGAGCUCAAACAGGCCCUGGAGGAUUUUUUGGAGGGUGAGGACGGGAAGCACAGUCGUUGGGACGUUAACCUUGACAUCUCGGCCCCUCAGAUCAUGGUGCCUGAGAAUUUCUCGGAUCAGACAUCCAACAUGAUGGUCCUGGAUCUCGGACAUGUCCACUUCUACAACAAGACGAUGGACGCCCCGGGGAAAAACCAGACAGACGAUGACGAUAAUGAUGACAAUGGAGAUGAUUUCCAGACCCCGAUGUCCACCCCACCCAGUGAGGCGGAGGACGAGGGGAAGGGGGCCACAACAACCACCGCCGCUGACCUGUCCUCUCUCUCCCUGUCGGAGGCCCAGCUCUACGACCGGCUGUAUGAGAGGUACUCCCUAGACCUGUCUGACCUACAGGUGAUGGUGGGGAAACCCAGGGACAACUGGAAGCACGUGAAGGGGCGGGGCAUCACCCACCUCCACCUGGUCGACAAGUUCUCCAUCAACCUCCACUUUGAGAGGAGGAUGCUACACACCACAGACCCCGAGUUCCCCAGUAUGAUUGUGUCCGGGAACCUACCCUCCCUCACCCUCCAUGUCAAUGAACAAAAGGUGACAGCCAUGAGGCGAUGUAUUGACAUCAUGAUGACAUCCACGGCAUAUGUCAAUCCAUAUGUCGUACCAAGCUCAGAGAGUGUCAUGUCGAUGACCGAUUCAGUCUCGGGAGAACUCAGUGAGAUCAGCACCUCCAUCAGUGAUGUAGACAGCAGAAUUGACCAGAGCAAGAAGGAUGAGCCUGACCGGUCAGUGGCGGGGUUGGAGGACUCGCGGCUCCUCUGGGGUCAGUUCUCCAUCAGCUCCCUCAAGCUAGAGAUCCACAGCUGUGGACGACCUCUGGCUGAGCUCCAGGUCACAAAUGUCAAGGCCAGUGUCAACAAGCGACCUUUUGACACUGCCGUCCAGGUGUCGGUACAGAGCCUGCUCAUAGUGGACGCCUUGCAGACCUACGGUCCCGACUUUGAACUUCUGGUGGCCUCACACAAACACGUCACAUUGGACAGUAAGAGUGGAAGUCUGCUGGGGUCAGACCCCUCCUCACCGAUGUCUGCCACCUCCCCCAACUACCCCCAGUCCCCAGUAGAGACCUACCCCCCUCCCUCCUACAGCGGGCACCUGCAGUCUGUCCAGGAGGCCAUCAGCACCGCCAUCCACUCCCUGUGGACCUCCACGGCAGGAAACACCCCCACAGACCAGCGGAAAAAGUCCGAGUCCGGACGGAGUCAAAUGUCCCCCACUCCGGACUCAGAGGCUUUGAUCCGAUUGGACGUGGAGCUCAUUGACGAGGACUCGCCAAGUAACGAGGCCGGAUGUCCACUUAAAAUUGCCAACAUGCAGUUUAACAGUCUGGAUGUUAUAGGAAACUGUGAGACCAUAAUGGAGCUGUUGAAUUUUGUGAAGCGUCUUACCCCAUCCAAGGCCUCGGGGUCAAGCAUGGAGCCCCAAAGCAAAUCCUUCAUAGUCAGCAAUAUGGCCACAGGAACCAGUUCAAUGCCUGACAAAUUUGAAAUAACAGCAGACUUCAGUCGUUUAAACCUUCUGGUGAUGAAGAUUGAAGAAACGGAUGGAAUGAAACAAGCUCAUAAGAUUGCCACGGCAACCAUGUGUUCUGCUAAAGUCCAAGCCACCAUAGACAAGGACUGGGAUGUGUCGGGUUCUCUGGGCGGCUUCCACAUCAUGGACGUGUCUGCAGACGACAUAAAACACCAGAAUGUGUUCAGUGUGGGAACGGACUCGAUGCUCUCUCAUGAGCUUCCACUCCAUGACAUCAUGUACAAAACUGCCCAGGAGUCCAUGUUCUUCACCAACCAGGAUCAGAAAGAGGCGUUCAGCUUCCGUCUUCUGAAGGGCAUGCAGCAGACGACAACUCUGCAAGACAUGAAUGUAUUUGAGUCACCGAGGUUGCGAAAUAUUUCAGGACAAGAUGAGAAAGCGAUGAAUGUGACUCUGGCAAUGGCGUCUAUUUGUUAUGUGCAUUCACCUAAACUGCUCCAUGACAUCGCAGAGUGCUUUUCUGACUUUAAAGAUUACACCACUAAAGUGGCGACAUCUCUCAAGUCGGCUGCUUCAGAAGUAGCUACUAAGAUAGUGAACAAGAGGGCAUCGGACACUUUUAUGCUCGGAAGUCUUUCAAAUAUACAUGAUAGUACUUUUUAUUCCAACCAAUCAUUGGAUGAUACUAGUCAGUUUGAAAAUUUCAGUGAAGAACCUGGAACAAAAGUUGUUCUCAAUGCACAACUGGAGACCCCUGUGAUAGUUAUUCCAAGGAGCUCGUCAAGUUCUGAAGUGCUGGUGGCGCAUCUAGGAAAGAUCUCCAUUGACAAUAAUGCUCGUGGUGCAAAGGUGGAAGAGGAAAUAGAACAAGCAGUGAUAUAUCAUGAGAGGUUGAGAGUCGAGGCAAGGGACAUGAAUUUGUAUGUGGUAGAUAUAGACAAUCCGAAAUCUAAACAAGAUUUCUCUUUUGAUCAAAGUGCAAUCAACAAGAGUGUGUAUAGUCAGAGUGAAUGUGGCAUUCCUAUAAUGCAUGACACUACGGUGGAAAUCGUGAUCGAUCUUGGUCACACGAAUGUUUCAAGGGCGCAAGAAAUGGAAACGGUAUAUCUUGGGGAAGAAACAGCUAGAAGCAGCCCUCAAAAUUCUGUGGCCUCACAGAAUGUGGUGGAGGUCAUGGCGAAAAUCUCAACCCCAAUCAAACUGGAGCUGUCAAAAGUUGUUUAUGAACAAGUAUUGCAGACGGUUGAUAACUUGACGUAUGAUGAGAAAUCGGCAUCCAAAAGUGCUUCCUUUGCGACAACAUCGUCAACUAGUUUUGCAUCAGUGCAGAAAGACAAAAGCAAGGAAACCCUUUCAGAAAUCCCAGAAGACUCUGUAAAGUCUGAGGUGGAAGAAACUCCGAAAUCGGACCCAAAAAAAGAGGAUUCUGGGAUGAUAACAAAAAUUGCUUUUGAAGUGCCUCUGUUUAAUGUCAUAUUAAAGGGUGAUUUUGAUGAGGGUGAAAAGGGACUUGUGGAUCUAAAACUUCACAACUUUUCAAUGGAAUUUGAGAAGAGCAAUUCCUACAGCACUAAUAUUGAAAUCCAGCUGCAGUCUUUAACAAUGCAAGACUUGUUGGCCAGUGAAAUAUCUGAACACAAAUACCUCUUGAUUUCAAGGGUGCCAAAGUCAGAUGAUAAGGAGCAUUUGAAACCCAGACUUUUCCUGUCGCAUUCUUGCCCGGACAGUACAAUCUUGAUGCCGACAGCCACACUACCUUCCUCUUUGCCUUCCAGUUUCCAUGACAACCUGAGUCAUGUGACUAAACCUUUGGCCCCAGGUGGUCCUAUGCAUGCCUUUCAGUCAGCCACAACUUCUGGGCUCAGAAAACCUGCAGGAAAAGGUUCCUGUCCCCAGACCCCUCCGCCAUCCCUGAGAACCUCACGGCGACCAUCUGUUGACAGAGCUAAUGAAAGGGAUGACGUGGUCCACAUCAAAGUACAGCUGAUUGACAAAAACUCCCCACAGUACACAGAGAAAUAUGACAGGACUAACCGCUUCAUUGAUGUUGACUUUAACUGUCUGGACGCCAACGUCAAUCUACAGACGUGGGUGGUGCUGCUGGAUUUCCUGGGGAUGGGGGCCAAGAUCCCGGACGUCAGUCAGCUGGAGGCCAGCAUGGAGAGUGACGUCAGCCUCCCGCUUACCAUUUCAGAUGAACCUGCGGUCAAUUCUGUAGUUAACCUCAAGGUGAAAAGCUUCACUCUAAUUCUGAACAAACCUGAUUACGAGUUAUCUCGAGCCAAUGUGAAGCUACUGUCAGCUCAUGUGAACCUGAGAGAUGAGAACAUGGCAUUCUCGGGACAGCUGGGUAAUCUCUCACUGAUCGACAAAUCGCCCCACGGCAGUCUGUACAGAGAGAGGUUCAUCACCGUCGGGGACCAGGCCUUGGUGUUCGACAUUUUCAAAUAUGGUCCUCCAGACCCUAACCUGGUGAGGGACUGUGACAUCAGCGUGAAGCUACAGAUGGCCUCGGUGCGCUACAUCCACACCAACCGGUUCCAGAUGGAGUUUGUGGCGUUCCUCCAACACUUCCUACAGCUCCAGGAUGUACUGGGCAGAUACCGCGCAGCCUCCGCAGGCAAACGGGUGACAGACAAGGCCACAAGAGGAGCCAGGAUUAAGCUGGACAUCAAUGCAGAUUCUCCUAUCAUACUCCUACCCCACAGCUCCAAAUCCACAGACAUCUUAGUGGCAGACCUAGGGAAGCUGACCAUCAACAACUGCUUCAUCUACGACGGAGAACCCGGGACUUUGACAUUCGAGCAAGAUGACAAUGGUAUGAAGCGAACCAGGUCCCAAGAAUCCCUGUCAUCCAUGGCCAAGUCAGAAUCCAGUGAGUUUUCCAUGGGCAGUUCCUCUGCUGCCACUGGGAUGACUCAGAGCCUGUUUGACAGCUAUAACCCGCCAAUGGCAUCCAUGGGGAAUCCUAUGCUGCAGAGUAUCUAUGGUAGUCUGGAGCAAGAUCAGAGGUCUCCCACUAGCGUUGUAAGGGAAAACUUCGUAAUCUAUGAUCCGACGGAAACAGGAAGUAGACCCAAAUCGCCGAGGUCACCAGAGGGAAGCAGCGUAGAUCCAGAGUUUUUCCCCGAUUCCAGUUCCUUGUUUUACAGUUCAUCGAGCAUGACGUCCCAGCAUCGUUUACGCAUGAACGACAGCAUGAGGGAGGGGAAGGUGAGGAAGACCCCCUCCACUAGUUCUCUGAAUCGGUCAAGGAUGAUAACUUCCAGGACAGAGGCCGACCAUGUGUGUCUGCUUGACAUCAUGAAUAUUCAUCUGAAGGACAUGAACUUGUACUCAGCCGAGCGCGUCAACAAGCACAGCUAUGAUGGGAGUGGGCAGGACCUGGAGUUCAAAUCUUUCAUGGUGCAAAAACAGGGUGGCAGCCCCCUGAAAGAAAAGAUCCAGCUAACACUUGUGGUGGAGAGAAACUUGGAGGGAGACAUCAGCCACUCGGCCCCGGACUUCCGCGUCAGUGGCACCCUCUCCUCGGUCCACUGCUCCCUUGACCCCGCCCAGUACCGCCUGGUCAGGGGGAUCCUGGACCACAACCUGGGUGAGAAACUCCCACAGUUCCAGCAGCAACUGAUGGCCCAUCUGAUGGACCCAGUCAUUGAUACGGUGCUAAGUGGAAAAGUAUGGCAGGGCAUUGCUAUGGCGAUUGAUCUCAACAAUGUGACUGUGGAGCUGUUGUUGGCUCAUGCCGACGGUCAGGAGUGUCCUGAGCAGUCAUUGGCUAAGCUGGAUUUCAUCUGCUCCACCCUUAAAUUUGACAGUUAUUCUGACCAAUCAAAAGACAUAGAUCUGGUGUCAAACGAAAUUGUCAUCAGUGACACAAGAUUCAGAGACGCCCCAGUGAACGUCCGUCCCAAUGUGUUUGAGAAGAUCCUACAGCCCGGCCCACGGGGUAAGAAGUCCAAGACGUUCCAGCUAGAGCUCCACUACCGAGCGACCCAGGAGUCCAACAAGUUCUCCGUCAUCCUCAACAACAUGAAGGUCAUGUGUAUCUUUGACUGGAUUCUGUCCAUCCGGGACUUCCUCAUGGAGAGUCCCGACGAUCCGUUCAAACAAGAAAAAGAAGUUGCGUCAGGUGAUGUGGAGAUGGCUUCCCCAGAGGUCAGCAGACAGUCGUCCCGGGAUUCCACCAAGACCACCAGCCCACUGACGGUGUCCAGUGGAAUCAUGACCAAGCGUGGACCCAUCGUGGAGGAGGUGGAGGUGCCAUUUGAGAUGAAGCUGAACGUGUCAGACACCCAGUUUAUUGUGGUUGAGGAUAGCACCACCUGGGAUACCAAUGCCGUCAUCCUCAAAAGCACAGCCAUACUGAAUUUCCGUCCCAAGGCCCAGGACAAGAUCCUGUCGUGCACUCUCCAGUCUUUGGAGGUAUUUUCCUGCUCUCUGACAGCCGAGGAGGAGACUGCACAGUCCAUCAUUGAUCCACUGACCAUCCACGUUGACCUAAACGCCAAUCCACUCCCCAAACACAAGCUGUCCAGCUCCGGGGGGCUGCUGGAGGCCUCACAGGUCCACCAGAAGAACCUGGUGUUAGAGGUUACAUUCAAUGUUAUGAACAUUCGCUUGUCAUACAUUGACAUGAAGAUGUUCCUUGCCAUCUUGAAUUCCAUCCCGCAGCAAGCUCUGAAGGCUCAGCAGCAUGAAAAACCAACUGAUAAAACCUACCAAGCUAACAAGCUGUCCAGUCUGUAUGAUAUGGGAUUCAGUACGGAGGACUGUAAGAAGGCCCUGGACCUCAACAAGAUGAAUCUGACAGAGGCGGCCUUGUGGCUGACAGAGAAUGUCACCCCAGAGGAGAGGAGCAAACCAGAGGAGGGGGGACUUAAUAUCACAGGGAUAGAUGUAAAGUCUUCCACAGUGUGCGUGUGUCUAAUUGACGACUGUGGCGACUCUGAUGUACCGCUUGCGGAGAUCGCGUUCAGCUCCAUCCAGUUCUCUCAGCAGCUCUCGCCUCGCCAGGAGGGACUCGCUUCCUUCCUUCUGACCGGCGACUAUUACAACAGGAAACUCUCCGGCUGGGAACCUUUCCUAGAGCAAUGGAAGUGUCGCUGUGAGUGGAAACAGUACUACCAGAACACGGAGAAGAAGACAGCCGUACAGAUCAGUGCCCAGGAUGUCCUGAAUCUGAACCUGACCAGUACCCUGCUGGAGCUUUACAACCAGACCAAGAUGACCUGGUCCGAGGACUACUACAGGCAGGGCGUCCCAGCGAAUUCUCAGAACCUUGCCCACCCAUUAAGUCGCACCACCGUAAGUUGUCAGAGGCGACGGGUCCCAUUUGUUCCCUUUGUGCUGUCCAAUGAGACUGGCUGUACUUUGUGGUUCACCACGGUAACCACCACACCAAGAUCUGGGAGAAGGAAGUCUCAGAAGGAUGAUCAUUACAUCCAGGCAGCAGAGUGGAAGAAGGUGGAGUCGGGUGAGAAGAUGCCGUUCUUCUUCCACAACAAGGAGAAAAACCGGCACGAGAAAACCCAUGAACUGAGCACUAACCAGCUGGUGGUGAAGGUGGAUGGGUGGAUGAAGCUGAGCAAUGUGACGGUGGAUCGCGUGGGCGUGUACUUCAGGCACGCCCAACCAGACGUCACACAGGCCAAAGGUCUCAUGGGGCUUACCUACAGCUCUAAACAUGACCCAUCCCUGCAGAAGCCAGCCCGGGUGGUGUUUGAUGUGAAGCAGGAGGGGAAGGCUCGUAAGCUUAUCACAGUCCGGUCUGCCCUCAUUGUCCGCAAUGAGCUCGACUCGGGCAUCGAUCUCAAGAUGGCCACCGACUUGGGCUUGGAGGGAAAAUUCAACAUUAUGGAAAUUCCAGCCAAUGAAAGCCUGCCUCUCCCACUUCCAUAUGUGUCUUCCAUGCUUUAUAUCAGGCCCUCUGAUUGGCCUGUUAAGUACUGUAAUGAAACAAUACACUGGCAGAAUGUAGGGUUGACUGGAGAAGUAAGAGAGAAGAUCAUGAAGUGUGAUUCACCAGAUGGCUCUGGAAGUUACAGGUUCUGUGUGUCGGUCAAGCGGGAGAACUAUCCAGAACAGCUUCUGACCGAGGACUCGAGUCUGAUCCUGCCGGGUCACACGCUGUCGAUACGACCCCCGGUGAUCAUCCGUAACCUUCUGCCCGUAGAACUGAGGUACUACAUUAAGGACACUGCCAUCAGUGGGACCGUGAAGGCCAAGGACAAGGCUUACCUACACGCUGCUGACCCCCAGCAGCCCCUGGAGCUGGGUCUGAACCUGGAGAACUUCCCCACCUGUAAGGAGCUGGUGGUUCCCCCAGUCACCACCGGGCCACACUACCACAAGGUCAAGAUCCGGCUGUACGACACCAAGGGCAGGCUGUUGGAGCUACUCAUCAAGAUCAUCUCCAGGAAGGGGGGAUCCGUGUCGAUCCACGUGACAGCCCCAUACUGGUUGGUGAACAAGUCGGGGCUCCCCCUGGUGUUCAGACAGGACUACUGUCAGCAGGACGCCGCCGGUCAGUUCGAGGAGCACGAACUUGCACGAUCUGUCACCCCGCUACUCUUCUCUUAUGCUGAGAAAGACCUCCCCGACCUAUGCACAAUGAGGGUAGGAAAGUCUGUAAAAGGACCGGACGCUGUUCCAGUUUGGUGUAAGAGGUUCUCAUUGGAGAGUGGUACCGGCAUGAGGCGGCUGAAUGUGGUUCCUAAGACUGGGAACCGGCCCGACUGGGUGUACAACAUUGGUAUUGGGGUCCAUCAAGGGAAGGGCCUGUAUGCAGACACCAACAUUGUGACCUUUGCCCCCCUGUAUGAGAUAGACAACCAAUCAAGUCACAGACUGGCCAUCGCUCAGAGACAUAUAGCAAUGUCUGAGGAUAUCAAGUUCGACACUCAUUUGAUUGCACCUCCUCAAUGUAAGCUUCCAUUCCAUUGGCCAAGACUUGACUAUGAUCAGUUGUUAUGUGUGAAUCUAUUGGACGUUAAAAAGUGUUCCUGGUCAGGAGGAUUCCGAAUUGACAAAACCGAUUCAUUCCACAUCAACAUCAGAGACGACAAGAGUGAGAGCCAUCUACUGAAGGUGGAGGUCGUGAUGGAGGGACCGACCUAUUUUAUUGUGUUUGGGGAUGCAGGCGAGGUCCCCCCUCCUUUCCGCAUCGACAAUCUGGCCGAGGUUCCUGUCGAGUACUUCCAGAGUGAGACAAAUGAACAGAAACUGAAAGCCUUCGUCCAGCCUCACACUCAGUUGCCCUACGCCUGGGAUGAGCCGAUGUUGGGUCCCUCCAUAACCCUGAGAGUUAAAGGGGGAACCAGCGCCACCUACACAAUGGACAAACUGGAGGAGGGGAAGCAACUCUGUUACCCUAACUUCAUCUACCUUAGAGCUUCAGCAACAUUUGGAAGGAGUCCCUCCUCAGAAGGCAGUGACCACAGGGAACUAGUUAUGGAGGUGGUACAGGACCAGUACAUCAAGUUCUGUAAAAAGGAGAUCGGUAAUCGUAAUCAGCUGUGGAGGAUGACCAGUGGGGGUAUGCUGGAACACGAGGGCUCCAUUUCCCCCCGGGACCCCCACGUCCGGUCCUCCAACACCACGGGGAAGAGCAUGGUGCUGGACAUCGAUGACAUUGCCCCUCGCCCUGGGAGAAUUGUCCCCCUCACCCUCAGGAAAAGGGAUGAGAGAAGGAAGGCUACACAGACGUGGAAGUUCUCAGAGGAUGGCAGACUUUGCUGUGCUGAUGGUGCUAUGUGCGUGCAGACCCUGGGUGGGGCAGAGUGCCUGAGGGACACAGCUGUAGCAGUGGUUGGUCCCGGUCCCCCUGCGGGGCGCUCUGUCCCCGCCCACAUGAGGAUUGACAGAGAGAGGCUGCUCCCAGGGUCAGGAUGUCUGGCGGUCCGGACGGUGAUGGAUGGACCAAUCAGAGUCCUGCAAAUCACCGACGUCUCCCAAGGGUCAGUGGCAGAGGCGACCAGGAACUACCAGGGCUGGGUGGUGUGUGAGGAUCAGGGGUCGGAGACCGAGCCCAAACAGGUCGACAACAAGUCCUACCUAGAGAUCUGUAUGAGCCUGAAGGGAGGUCUGGGCGUGUCCCUGGUGAACCACACCCCCGAGGAGCUGGUCUAUAUCUCCCUACAGAACAUCUCCCUGGAGUACCUGUCCAACCCCAACUCCACCACCGCAGACAUCUCGGUAGCCAGCGUACAGGUGGACAAUCAGCUGUUUACAGCUACCAGACCAGUAUUGUUAUAUGUCACUCCCACAUCCUCCACCCAGAGGGACGGACCAGAUAAUAGGUCCGCCCUGCACGUAGUGGCUCAGAAAAUCCCCAACUCCAAGUGGAACGCAGAAAUCUACAAACACUUGAUAGUCAAUAUGAAGAAACUAAGCAUUCAGAUUGAGGAGCAGUUGCUAUGGAAACUGCUACAGUUCUUUGGAUUUGGGUCAAAGGACCACAUGGAUGAGAAGGUUACGGAGGAAGAAGAUCCCAGAUCGGCGCUAGCAGCUGCCACAUCAGUGAAGACAAAGAGAUAUUACUUUGGACAACUAAAGAUCCAGUCCAACCAAAUCAACCUGAGCAUGCUCACUGCCUCCAAACUGUCACCGGACCUCAAGGCACUGAAGCGUGACAUGUCUUUACCACUGGUCAAGUUUGAGGAUGCAAAAGUUGAUCUGGACCCUUUUGUCAAGAGCAAUUUGUUUGAGACCAUGGCCUUCCUUCAGAAGGAAAUAGGAAUCCAUUACACAGAGGAGUUGAAGAGUCAAGCGGCCAAGAUCCUGGGAUCUGUGGACUUUCUGGGAAAUCCCCUGGGCUUGUUCAAUGAUGUCACAGAGGGAAUCUCCGGUCUGAUCAAUGAUGGCAAUGUUGGAGGACUACUGAAGAAUGUCACUCAUGGCGUGUCAAAUUCUGCCGCUAAGGUGGUAGGGUCACUGUCCGACGGCCUGGGGACACUGAACAUGGACCGCAACUAUCAGGACAGGCGGGAGCAGCUUAAGACCAGCGCCCAGUCCAGCAAGGGUCACCUCCUGGCCGGAGUCAAGGGCUUCGGCAAUGGCCUGUUUGGUGCCAUGACCAGUAUGUUUACACAGCCUUAUGAUGGCUUCAAAGAAGAUGGGAUUGAGGGCUUUGUGACAGGACUGGGUAAGGGUGUGAUCGGUACGGUCACCAAGCCUGUUGUGGGGGUGCUGGAUCUGGCCUCCGGGGCGGCCAACGCCAUCAAGGACACCAGCAGCAGUAGUUCUCGGAUCAGCCCCCCUCCCGUCCGCCUCCCCCGCUGCUGUCACGGGGCGGGGAUGUUACUGCCCGCCUACUCCAAGAACCAGGCCAAGUCACAGAAACUGCUGCACGACCUCAACAAGAAAAACCUGGAUGAAUUCUUUAUUGCGGUGGAACAGCUGAGGAGGGAGGACAACCUGACGUCUCUCAUCACCUCCACCCAGGUCUACUUCCUCCUGGGAGGGAUGCCCGACUCCAGUAACAUCAUCCUGAGGGUCCCUCACAAAGACCUGUUCCAGUGUCUGGUGGUGGAGAAUAAUGGCAGAUACUACCUGGAGGUGAUUAGGGUACAGACCCCUGGCUCUGACCCCCAGAGGGUUCCCCAGAUCAGGUGUGACAAGCUGACAGUGGCUGAGAAGGUGAGCCAGCAGAUUACCUACGCCCGUAACUUGUAUGAGGAGCAACAACACACGCUGACUAAAUCCGAGACCGAGGACUCGACUUCGUCAUGAUCUCGCUCACAGUAAAAUAUGAGUCUACCAAUGCUCGGAUUGAGUUAACUUGAUGUGAAAUCUCACUCAAGGUUGAUCAGUGAAACAAUGAGGAAUUUUUUGCGCAGUAAAGGAAGUUAAUGACCUUGAGUAGAAUUCUGUUGUGAGAAUUAGAGAAGCCAUUUAAAGCAAUGCAGAGUUCAUUGACAAUGGCUAGUCAAAACAGUUACACUGUAGUGAUUAUUUGAGAUUAAGAGAACACAACUUCAAGUCAUUUUGGAAAGGUAAACUGAUAAACAAAAUGUAAUAUAGAUGAAUCAGAGACAUAGAUUACAUGUAAAUACCAGAGAUCUCUGUUAAUUGCAUGAGUAAUUGUUUAUACAUAAACUUGUAAAGAAUUCAAACAUAGAUGUCUGUGUUCAUCAUUAUGAUAACUGAUUUUUCCUUUGGGCGCAUAUUUUAGCAAUUGGUCACCCAGAAUUGUAUUUGAUUUUUUUUUUCAAGAUUUUAAUUUCUACAAUUUCACACUAUAGCUUAUGUAUUUAGGUAUAUACAACAAUAUAUAUGCAUGUUACAGAUUAAUUCACAUUUAAAAUAUACUGUAAAAUAUUUGGGAGGAAGGCACCAGAAGAAAAUAUUGUAAUUAUACUGUAUGUUUCAAACAAGAAUAUAUGAGACAGUAUGAGUUUGUUAUAAAUGAACGUUAUGAAUUUUAAUUAUUUAUGUUUGAUAUGAUGUAUAGUUAGAUGCAUUAUUGUUAUAAUGAUCCAUUUUAAUAUGUAUCAUGGCAUUGUUAAUUAUAGGAAUGAUUGUAUAAAUAUAUUUUGUUUCAUUGCUAUUGUGUUUGAUAUGAACAACUUACAAAUAACAUGUGCUUUUUCUACCUUUCUGUGUUUUAUUUGCAUUUCUACACUCUUAAUUUGAAUUUGAUGAUGUACAUGUACUCCGAGUCUUCUAUUUUUUUCUUUGUUAUUUUAUCACGUGUAUGCAUUUCAAAAUGACUUGACAAGAAAUGUACAGACAAAACUCUUUGUUUAAUAUGGCUGUUUAUUGAGCUCUUGUUGAUAAAUAAAAAUGUUUUUUGAA